UCGGGAAAAUCUCACGCGCUCACCUACUCGAGCUCCACUGCGCUUCUGGGUGGCGAAGGAAACCGACUGGACUCAAACCGGGUGUGAACUCGUGGCUUUCGAAAGGACAAUAUUACAAACCGAGCCGCUCUUCUUCUGAACGGACACGGACAGUUCGCGCUUCGAGCGGAUCCGCUGACACUGGGCGAGUUCUUCAGGACGGAGACAUGUCGGAUCUCUCCAGUCCCGAGUUUGAGAUCGAUGUGGAGAGUCUGGAGGCGGAGGGCGACGAGCCGGCGGCGUUCAGCGCUGCCUUCUCCAGCGCCGGAGAGGAGGAGCCGGGCGCCAGAGACGGGGACAAAGCCGGCCAUGCUAACCACAGCUCCGGAGAGCAGAAGAAGCUGAGCCGCACGCCCAAAUGCGCUCGCUGCCGCAACCACGGCGUGGUGUCCUGCCUGAAAGGGCACAAGCGCUUCUGCAGGUGGAGGGACUGCCAGUGCGCCAACUGCCUGCUGGUGGUGGAGAGACAGCGGGUCAUGGCCGCCCAAGUGGCCCUGAGGAGACAACAGGCUACAGAGGAUAAGAAAGGGAUAUCAGGGAAGCCAACACCAGCCGAGAGACGGACUAUCUAUCAAAGGCACAUCCGCCCAUCCACUAUGCUGGCUAAAAGUAUCUUAGAAGGCUACCGUCCUGUCCAGGCUGACCCUUUCCUGAGCGCCAACCCGGCUCUUCCCCCGCCUCUGAGUGACCGCAUGAGAAAGAGGCGCGCCUUUGCCGACAAGGAACUGGAGAGCAUCAUGCUGGAGCGGGAAUACAAGGAGCGGGAACUCCUUGAAUCCAAUCAGUCUGCCUCUGCUUCCCUUUUUCUCCCUGGCAGCGUGGUGCACGCAGCUGAGUACAACUCCUACAAGACGGCUUUUUCAUCAGCAACAGCACCCACGGCCCCUGAAACGUCUUCCAAGGACCUGUGUGGCUUUCUACCUGGGUGCCUGGACUUGUCUUUGGGGUACGGUGCGUCCAGUGGGGGGGCCAAUGUGGAGCUGAUCUCCUCCAAUGUCAGCGUGGCCACCACCUACCGCCAGUACCCACUCUCGCCCCGUUUUGUUAUGUGGCCACGGGGCAGCAGCAACCUGGGCGAUGCUCUCCUCUACCAGCAGUGCCUCCUUAAUGCCACAGCCGUUCAGAACCUUAAGCCAGGUGCCGUCUGGGACCCUAAGAUGAUGUCGUCCAGUGAGAGCCACUCGCCCGAGCAGGAGUCCAUCUCCGCCGCCUCCAGGGUUGAAGGAUCCCGGGCGGCUCCAGAUCCCAACGAAAUGCAGGCCGGGCCUACAGAGGCCCAGACAGGUCUGGGUCAAAACGGCAGGGAGCGUUCUGCUUUCUCGCCACCAAAGAGAGUGUACAGGCAGGCUUUCACCAAUGGCCCGCUACAUCCGGGUGGCCAUGAGCAUGUGUUGAACAAAAUGAGCAAAGACAGCGCCAAGCACACAUUGUCUAUGAAGCUCAACUCCUUCCACUCGCUCAUCCAGCAGACCCUGAGUGAAAAGGGCCCGGAGCUGAGGAGCCCCUGCUGUAAAGAGUUACUGGAGGAAGCUGCUAAGAAGUUUAGGGACGGCUCAGCCAAAGACAUAGCGUGCUUUAAAAGCUCGGAGAGAGCAGUAAAGGACUCCAUGGUCAAGCCAGCAGGCACAAAGGUUUCUUCAAAUGAGCCUUUGUCGUUUUCCGUGGAAGCCAUAUUAAAACGGCCCUCGCUGCCUGUAAACCGAGCAUCCCAGUAAGGUUGCCUGUCAAAAGCAUCAAUGAAAAAGGUACUUAUGGACUGAAGCUUCAGUAUAUUGUGUAUUUAUUCAUACUCAUAGACAAAACAUAGAUUUUCCUGGUUGAUGACUGUAUGUGUUUGUGAGAUUAAACAACUGGGUGAUCAUGUGUUCAUCCUGACCAUUCAUCCAAUGCCUUUGUAUAUAGCCAUGUAAAUACUGCCGUAUGUGACUCAAGCAUGUUGUAAAUCAGAGUGUAGAGUAUUUAAAUGUAUUGGUAAUUUUCUACUUCAAAAUGUGUCAAUAAAACUUUGUGAAAAUUCA